GUGUAACAAACUGGAUUUGGUUGCUUAGUAACUUCUGAACACCGGUCAGGUGUUUCGCGCGUAAAUCCUCCCGUAAACUUUAGCUCCGCCCACGUGCACUUCCUCUAUUUGACAGUACGUUUCUGUUUAUUACAGACGUUUCUCAUUCAUCGUUUCGUACGCAUGGACAUCGUGGAAGCGUUGACGUUUUUAAAAUGACAGCUUUGGUUUGAGUGUCUUCAGACCUACAUCGCUUUCCUGCCCGAGCGGCGUUAAUCUGCCCAGAACAGCGAAGACAUGACAAGACGCCGGAUUGCGUUCAUAGGCAAUAUUCCAGUCCGUUCCUGUAAAUCGCGUUCUACUCGCAGUUUGCGCGUUGUUGGGAAGCAAACCGUUGUCGUAUAUAUGUCGCGACCCGGUGUAGAAACACGAUGGCGUAAAUGCGCUUAAAAGGACGUCUCCCACGCGAAUGGACGCGUAUCUGUCUACAACAGUGUCCCCAUUACGGCAAGGACAAGUGGAUAAAAUGUGUUUGAGGUUCUCAGGAAUUAAAGUGCUGCAUGGAUGACGUUUGGUGACGUUUCUAUGAGACAGAAUGUUUACCCUCACAGAAGUUGCCUCACUAAAUGACAUCCAGCCAACUUAUCGGAUCCUGAAACCAUGGUGGGACGUCUUUAUGGAUUACCUGGGUGUGGUCAUGUUAAUGCUGGCCAUAUUUGCCGGGACCAUGCAGUUAACCAAAGAUCAGGUGGUUUGCCUUCCUGUUCUGGAAUCGUUGGAGGACCAAACCCCUGUGGCCACGGAAAGGCCACCAGAGAAAGCUCUUGGCUCAGGGACAGGAGGAGGCCAUGUGACAUUGGCAGCUGCACCUUUAUCAAGCAAAGAACAAACCGACAGUGUUGUCCAACACUUCCCACAGUCGUCUGCUGUCAAGCAACCUCAGCCCACGGGUUUACGAACAAAUCUGGAUUUUCAGCAGUAUGUCUUUGUUAAUCAGAUGUGCUACCAUGUUGCCCUCCCAUGGUAUUCAAAAUACUUUCCAUAUCUAGCUCUCAUUCACACAAUUGUUCUCAUGGUAAGCAGUAACUUUUGGUUCAAGUAUCCAAAGACCAGUUCCAAAAUUGAGCAUUUUGUGUCUAUUUUGGGCAAGUGUUUUGAGUCCCCUUGGACAACCAAAGCAUUGUCUGAGACAGCCUGUGAAGACUCCGAAGAGAAUAAGCAGAGACUGACUGGAGCCUCUACAUUACCAAAGCAUCUUUCAACCAGCAGUGAGGAGGGGAGUCCAAAUCAGUCCACACCCAUGCUUGCAAAAUCUAGCAUCAAGUUUUCUGCAGAGAAGCCAGUCAUUGAGGUUCCAAGUAUGACUAUACUAGAUAAGAAAGAUGGAGAGCAAGCUAAAGCACUUUUUGAGAAAGUAAGGAAGUUCCGCACACAUGUCGAAGACAGCGACAUGAUCUACAAACUCUAUGUAGCUCAAACAAUAAUAAAAACUGUCAAAUUCAUUCUGAUUCUAUGCUACACCAUGACCUUUGUCACGUCCAUUAAAUUUGAUCAUGAUUGUGAGCCUGAAAUUAAGCAUUUGACUGGAUACGCAAAAUUUAAAUGCACCCAUAACAUGGCUUUCAUGUUGAAAAAACUCCUUGUUAGCUACAUUGUCCUCAUUUUUGUUUAUGGCCUGGUUUGCAUAUACACUCUCUUUUGGCUGUUUAGACGGCCACUUAAAGAGUACUCUUUUGAGAAGGUUCGAGAAGAAAGCAGUUUUAGUGAUAUCCCAGAUGUGAAGAAUGACUUUGCUUUCCUCCUACACAUGGUGGACCAGUAUGACCAAUUGUACUCAAAACGUUUCGGUGUCUUUCUCUCAGAGGUAAGCGAGAACAAACUGCGGGAAAUCAGCUUAAACCAUGAGUGGACCUUUGAGAAACUACGGCAGCAUGUGACUCGCAAUGUGCAGGACAAGCUUGAGCUGCAUCUUUUCAUGCUCUCGGGAGUUCCCGAUGCAGUCUUUGACCUCACCGAUUUAGAGGUCCUGAAAUUAGAACUCAUCCCCGAGGCACGUAUCACAGCGAAAAUCUCCCAGAUGAUCAACCUCCACGAGUUGCACUUUUACCACUGCCCCGCCAAAGUCGAACAGACUGCGUUCAGUUUCCUCCGCGAUCACCUCCGGUGCCUUCAUGUCAAGUUUACGGACGUUGGAGAGAUUCCCACUUGGGUUUACAUGCUAAAGAACUUGAGAGAGCUGUACUUGGUGGGAAACUUGAACUCCGAGAAUAACAAAAUGAUAGGAUUAGAGUCCCUCAGGGACUUGAGGCAUCUAAAGAUCCUACAUCUGAAGAGCAACCUUACCAAGAUCCCGACUAACAUUACAGACUUAUCACCGCACCUGAUCAAACUCGUGGUUCACAAUGAUGGUACUAAACUCUUGGUGUUGAACAGCUUGAAAAAGAUGAUGAACCUUGCUGAACUGGAGCUGCACAAUUGUGAACUGGAGCGGAUACCGCAUGCAAUUUUUAGUUUGACCAACCUGCAGGAAUUGGACUUGAAAUCUAACAAUAUCCGGACCAUUGAAGAGGUCAUCAGCUUCCAGCACCUCAAACGGCUUAACUGCCUCAAACUGUGGCACAAUAAAAUCAUUUCCAUUCCACUGUCCAUAAGUCACGUUAAAAACCUUGAGUUCCUCUAUCUGUCCCAUAACAAACUAGAGACCUUGCCUACCACUCUGUUCAAUCUUCUUAAACUGAGAUACCUGGAUGUUAGCCACAACUCCAUUGUAGUGAUUCCUCCAGAGGUGGGGUUUCUCCAGAAUCUACAGCACUUUGCCAUCACAGGAAACAAGGUAGAAGUGGUACCCAAGCAACUGUUCAAAUGCACAAAGUUGCGUACCCUCUCCCUUGGGCAUAAUUGCAUCUCAUCGCUGCCAGAGAAAAUCGGACAGUUGCUGCAGCUGACUCAUUUUGAGCUGAAGGGGAACUGCCUGGAUCGCCUGCCUGCACAGCUUGGCCAGUGCCGACUCUUGCGUCGAAAUGCCCUCAUUGUGGAGGACCACCUUUUCGAUUCACUGCCCCUAGAGGUCAAAGAGGGCAUAAGUCAGGAAACCAGUGCUAAUUUUGCUAAUGGAGUGUGAGUGUGGAUCAGGAAAAAUCUGGUAAGAUGGUUUUCUGAGUGAAAAAAGACAGUGUUCACUACUUCUGUUUGUUUGGUUUUCUUUUUUAAAUUUUUUUUGUUGUUUUAUCCAGGACUGUGGGCAUGAAUGGAUGUUCUAUGUGUAAGGAAUUAGUCCAGUAUCAAAACUUAUGUUAACAUUCAGUACCUUUUUUUUUUUUUUUUUUUGCACAGGCCAAAAAUAUGCGUAGUGCAUAGAAUUCCUGAGAAUUAAUCAAAUGUUUGAGAUGAUUAAGCCUGUCUGCAUAGGUUUUUUUUUAUUUUUUUUAAUUUGCCUAUGUUAAAGUGGAAGCAUAAUUCAGAUCACUAUUGUUUUUCGUUCAUUUUCAGUAGCAUUCAUGUUAAUAUUUUCACCAGCUGUUAUCCGCACAGUUUGCAUCACAUGCAUUGUGUAUUGUGGUGCAAUCAAUGAUUGUAUUCAUUGUUAGGGAGAACCUAGAACAACUGACAAUUAAACUGACAUGUUAAUCAUAACUAUUUUACUCAACUAUACGUAAAAAAGUCUCCCUAGAGUCCCCUUUCGGGUUCAGAGAAAAGCGCACUAAUUUAAGAUGUUCACUAAAGUAUUUUAAAAAAUGAAUGUUUGCAUUGAUACAACGUUAUCAUAUCUGUCCAAGAUGCAAUCAAACAGUAUAUUUUAUACCUCAGUUGCUAUCUGUUAGAUUUUUUUUUUUUGAAACUGACAACUGUCCACGUAUUCGAUGUCUAUUAACCAAAAUACUGGGAACUGAAUAACAAUGUUUGUUGAUGCAGUGUGAUGCACAUGAUACCUUUAGUCUGUGCAAGUUUUGGCAAUAAAAUAGCCUUUUCCUUUCAAUAGCGUCUUUUCAUGUGGGUUACAGAAGUAAUGCAUAAGUUAUAUUGAGCUCAUUUGACUUGUGCAUGUUUUGUAUAUAACAUCAUAUAAUGGGACAGACCUGUAAUGUGUAUACACUGCAUGGUCCUUAAUGCUCAAAACCUCCAGUAGACAUGUAGAGGUAAAUUGCCCUUAGAAUAUAUAUAUAUAUAUAUAUAUAUAUAUAUAUAUAUAUAUAUAUAUAUAUAUAUAUAUAUAUAUAUAUAUAUACAUCAUAUGUUAGCCUGUGACUGUGUAUGACUAUACCAUCUGUUUUACUGUUAGCCCUUAGUGGCUAGUGAAAGUAAUGAAAAUGCUUGCAUUGUGUGAAUCACUGUUUUAAGUUACCCUGCUCUGUCUGUGCUGUGCAUGCCCAUGCAGUCAGCUUUUGAGGCAAACGCACAGAAAAGUGACUUGCCAGAUGUUAGGUAUCAAUAUUCACGCCAAUGCUGGAAUUACGUACUAGAUAUCCCUAACCUGAACAUUUGUGCUUUCAUUUUUCUUGACAAAGUCACAAACCUGUCAAACUAAUUAAAACAUCGUCAAGGUUUAAUAGUCGUCUUACAGUUAAAUUAAUACAUAACGAAGACAGAAAUUAAAUUUGAGAAACUAUCCCUUUUUAAGGAGCAUGCUAUAAUAACAUAAAUUGUUUCAGCGUUCAACUCCCUAACCAUUUCCUAAUAUUAUUUUAACCCAAUAAUUUGUAUGAAAAGGAAAUGACAAGUAAAGGGUGUAAUAUUUAGCCGCGUUAAGUAAUUGUUGACAAGGAUUGAGUGGUGUUUGUUUUAAAGCAUUCAAUAGUUCAUUAAAAUGUUUUCAAUAGGCUGGAUGGUAAUUUACCUGUUGUGUACAUGAAUUGAGGAUCAAUAGUGAUUGAAUAAUUUGGAUAACGUCCAAUAAAUUAUCAUAAUUUGUAUUAUUAUUAUUAAAACCAAUAUUUUUGGGAUCGACCUAUUUGCAUUUCACAGAAGAGUUGUCUAGUCAUUUUGUGGAAUCACUUCCCACACUGUGUUAUAUUUGUCCUACUGAAAUGCUGCAGGGUCUGACCUGUAAUCGGUAUCUUUGUGACCCCUCAAGAAUUUUGAUGUCGUUCCAGAUGAGGCUUGAAAAUCAUUUUCGAUACAUGUGUGUGACUAACAAUAAUUGCAACCACAUGUGCAUCUAAAGAUGAGUUUCAAUAUUUUGAGUGACUUCAAAUUAGAUUACUAUAUAGGUUUUGUACGAUGUAACUAUUUGUUGGUUCUGUUCGAUGUUUGGAAUGAACGUUUGUUUGUUCAUUUACGUAGAGUUGUAUUAAUUUAUGUUCCAUUUCUAUAACCUACUAAUAGUUUUACUGCAAUGUACCUGAUUUGAAAUGAUUCCACCGUAAAAAGAAAUAGAUGUGUCCAUUCAGGUACGUGAAACACUUACUGUUCAUUCCGACCGAGUGCUUAUUUUCAGAAUAAAGGAAAUGUGUUUUAUUUUUCAGCAAGCUACUUUAAGGUGUACUGCUAUUCAGCCUUGAAUGUAGCCUGAUACUGCAUCCCUUCAUGGUUUAGCCUUUCCGUUUUGAUGGAAAGGAGAAUGAAUUUAGUCUGCUUUGCUCCUAAUCAUGUGUUUUGUUUGAAAGGAUGUUAAAUUUGCAACUUGCAAUUUUUAAUAUAAUAAAACAUUGGAAAAAAAAUAUA